AUGUCCGCCACCGCCAACGACGACGCCGUCAAGGCCGUCUCCAACCAGGAGGGAGAGUUCAGCUCCAAGGUCCCCCCGUCUGAGCCUCUCGAGAAGGGCGGCCACAAACCCGGCGUCCUCGCCACCCCUGCCGACCACGCCGGCGAAUUCCACAUCCAAACCCUCCCGGCCGGCACCGCGCCCGCCUCGUCGACCCACGCUCCCCAAAACGACCCCGAAAUCGCGCCCGGCUCCACCACGGCCCUCGACUCCCUCCCCGGCGCCACCUCCGGCGACGUGCACACCGGCCUCGGCCACCCGGGAUCCGGCCAGACGUCUCAGGAGCUGCAUCACGACGGCAACCGUGGCGGGCUCGCGGGCGUCGGCGCCACGGACAAGCAGUCGACGGUCGACGCGCACGAUCCGGGUUUCUCGAGCCAGCGCGCGCUGGGCAAGGACGUUGAGACGGGCACUAGGGGCACGGUUGGUGGUGCGCCGGCCGAGGAGAGGCUGCCGGCGAGUGCGGAAGAGGUGGCGAGCGAGGCGCCGAAGGACAGGUCGACCAGUGGGGUCGCGAGCGAGCAUGCUGGGAGGAGGUAG